GAAGUUGGGUUGAUGUUCUUAACAAAAUGGCCACCAUCAACGUUCGAUGUUUCUUUGAUCAAAAUCGUUUCCAGUUGGAGUCAAUCGAUCUGAAUUCUAUGGUCAACGAAUUUAUAAACCGAAUUUCGGAAAAUGUUACUCUAUCAGACAAAGAAAUUGAAUUGGUUUAUUGUGGUAAUUGUUUACAAAGAACAAAGACUUUAGAAUCAUAUGGUGUGAAGAAUGGUUCUAUGGUUUAUGCUGUGAAGAAAAAUGUGAAAGAACCUGUAGACUCCGGAAAACCAAAUGAAACAGAAAUUGCCAAAGUGUUAACAGCUUUCAGAAUGGCAAUUUUUAAUCCUUCUUACAGGACAACAGUUGAAAAUAUGUUGAUGGACUCUGAUGCUGUGGAAAACCUAAUCCUCACUACACCUGGUCUUGCCAAUGAUAUGACAGUUUUAAUAAUGUUCCAGGAUUUGAAACUCUUACUCCAGCUGCAUAAAACAAAGCAAAUUCGACAAAUAAUCGAUGAACAUCCUGCAUUUUAUCAUGUUGCCCAGUUGAUAGCUGCCACUGUCAAUGAACAGGGAGCUAAGGCUGGGGAGAGCUUUUUGUCUUCAGCUGCAUACUCUCUUGAUCAAAUGUCAGAUGAUGAAGAAUCUGCAUCACCACUUCAUACCCAAGAACAGUCACCCUUACAACUUGACGGAAGCUCUAUUCAGGGUAUAACAGCUUCACAGCUUGCUGCGGCUCUUGCUGCGGCCAGUGUACCAGCAGGUUUUUCUGACCCAUCAACAUCAGGAGCUCGAAUGUCUGAUGCAGCAUCAACGUCUGAUAGUAUUGGUGCUUCACCACCCAUCAGUAGUGACUUCUUCCAACAAGCCAUGGUACACGCUCAGUAUGUUGCUACUCAGACCCAGCUUCAACAGCUUCGUGACAUGGGUAUCACAGAUGAAGGUUUGGCACUACAUGCUCUCCAAGAAGCAGGUGGAGAUAUACAGGCUGCACUAGAAUAUAUAUUUGGAGAUAUUGGUGGAGGUAGUUUAUGAAAACGAAAAAACAAAAAUUUUUUUGAUAAAAAUAAAGACAAUAGUAAAUAAAGUGAAAAUAUGUUAAAAAUAUCACAAUUUUCUAAAAUAAUUAUUACACUGCUUAAGUGAUAGGAAUUCUCUUAAAUGUGUGUUUUUUUUUAAUAGUAUUUAAAUCAAUUUUUAUAGACAUAUUUCUAAGAUAUACACAUAAAAAUUAGUCUUGACAACAAACCCACCAACGUCUUAUUGGCUGCUGUAUAAAUAUGAGCAAUAAACUGAAUUCUGUCUGUUUUU